AGGGGUUUUUCACUUGGCAGUUGGAAAUUGGAACCAUGUCUCUUUAGCUUCAACAAUGCCCUUAUCUAAUCGAAGGAAUUUAUGCUACUUUUUUUUUUUGUGUUUGUGAAGAAAUGAAGUAGACAAGAAAUUGGAUUCUUGCGAUAUAUUUACCUCUUGGAAUAUAUAAGAGGACGGAAAUGAGAACGCCUUGCAUCACUUCUUGUCAUCUGUGCUAAAAACUGCAAUUUGAAGCAAUGGACGACGAAAAGCAGCUGCUCGUUGAAGUUACAGAAGAACUUCAGAGCUUGGCAGAUACUUCUCUGCAGAAUGUUCUCUGGGAUAAACAUUCAAUCUACAAAAUACCUGCCUCUGUUACGGCCCUCAACAGGACUGCCUACAUACCUCAGACAGUCUCCUUUGGUCCGUACCAUCAUGGUGAAGAUCAUCUGAAGCCAAUGGAGGAGCACAAGCAACGAGCGCUCACAUAUUAUUUAAAGAGAGGUGGAAGACGUCUACAAGCGGUCGUUGAAUCUUUAAAUGAAGAAAUCCAGGUUUUAAAAGACUCAUAUGAUAUGCUUGGUGAGUCAUGGAAAGAUGACAAGAACAAAUUUCUGCAACUGAUGAUUCUUGACGGUUGUUUCAUGUUGGAAAUUAUACGCCUUGCUUCACAUUCAUUGGAUGGCUAUGCUGCCAAUGAUCCCAUUUUUAGCAGCCACGGGAGGCUCUACAUUGCACCAUAUAUCCGGCGUGAUAUGUUGUUGCUUGAAAAUCAAUUGCCAAUGCUUGUUCUUUACAAGCUGUUUGCUCUUGAAAGUAACGGAGCACAGGACGAAGGGUUUGUCAACCAGCUCGUGCUCAAUUUCUGCUACCCCAACGCACCCGUCUCAAAGCUGGACAAAAGCUUGCAUGUAUUGGAUUUGUACAGGAAGAGCCUGAUUCUGGAAGAUCCCGCCUGGAAAAUGCGUCGCCCCAGGGUAACGGGGGGGCUUCUUAAUGAUGUCAAUGAUAUUUUCCGAUCAGCGACAGAGAUUAAUGAUGCCAAUGAUAUUUUCCGAUCAGCGACAGAGAUUAAUGAUGCUGGAAUCCAGUUUAAGAAAGGUAAAACGAAGAGCCUGAGAGGCAUCUCAUUCCAUAGAGGGGUACUUGAGCUUCCUGUCAUUGUGGUGGAUGGUGCCACCGAGGCAACCUUUCUGAAUUUGAUUGCCUUUGAGCGCCUCCACGUUGGUGCAGGCAAUGAGGUAACAUCUUAUGUCUUCUUCAUGGACAGCAUCAUUGAUAAUGAGAGGGACGUUGCCCUCCUACACUCAAGAGGAAUCAUCCAGAAUGCUAUUGGAAGUGACAUGGCAGUUGCUGAACUGUUCAACUCUCUCUCCAAGGACAUUGCGUUGGACCCAGACAGCUGCCUCGAAGUUGUACACAUGCAGGUCAAUGCCUACUGCCAGAUGCCCUGGAAUGAGUGGCGUGCCUAUCUCAUUCACACCUAUUUCAGAAAUCCUUGGGCUCUUUUGUCUGUUAUUGCUGCUUUCAUCCUCUUUGCCCUCACUGGUGCUCACACUGUAUAUUCUAUAAUACCUUACUACAAUUCUAAUUACUCGACAUUACCCUUUUCUCCUACGGGUUUAGCUGCACCCCCUCCCCUUCCAACUCCUCGUCCUCCUCGCACUCCUCCACGCUGGCCCCCCGGAAAACCAUGAAUCCCACUAUUUGCAAUGUCUAUGUAUUUCUUUCCCUUUAACACCUUGGAUUGCGACUUUGCUUCGCCCAAUUAUCUGAAACAGUUCUUUUAUAUUUAUUUUUUGUUUCAUCGCAUAAUAUAUGAAUAAACGGAUGGAUUUAUAACUUUCUUUA